GUUAAUGACGAUAGGUAGAAAGCCGGCUGACCACCGAGUAGGGAGAGCAGAGAGGAAGGAAGAGUGCAGGAAAGAUCCACGAGGACAAAAUCUGAGUAAAAAUCAGAGACAUGAUGCUUCAACAGCUGGUUCUGCUCACAGUCCUGGGGCUCACAGGGACAACAGUAACUGGAUUCCCUUGCACUCAGACGUUCCCCUCUCAGUUGCCCCCUUCAAAUGUUAACAGCGUUACGCCCUCAGAUGUGGCUGUGCUUUCCUCCAUCGGACUUCACAUGCACAGCACUGAGCUGUCCUCGGUGGUAUCAAGACUCAGAGAGAUGAUGAUCCUGUUCAAUCCUGCAAUCAUCAGUCCUCUCUCGGAUGAAACAAACUUGUACGCCCCUCAGUUUGUUCAACACAGCACGCUGGUGGAGCAGGCAAAGGAAGUGUCCCUCCACCUCCAAAACAAUCAGGUCAUUGAUGUGGACAGAGAUUGGAAGCUGGUUCUUCUCUUUGUUCAGAUGGACCAGCUCUGUGCCUGUGAGCAGCAGUUUCAGUCUGUUAUAAAAGCCGUGGCUGAAGAGGUGGACGACGCUCUGCAGCUGCUGCACUCUCAGCUGAAGCGCACCAUCGUCAGUGUUGCAUUGUGGGAUGGAGAGAGUGACAGUUUCCAAAACAAUGACAGGAUGUGUGGAUGCAUGGAGACAAAGAGUGAAGGAGAAGCCAGACUUCAGAGGGUCAUGCUGAGUCAUGCUCUGCAGGAGUCUUUGGAUGAGUUGAUGGUAAAGAAGCGUUGGUACGGCGACAGAGACGACUUCACUGUCAUUCUGCAGGACGCACCUUUCAUCACAGACCCUUCAUCUGUCUCUAGUGGGAAGCCGCUCUCUGGGUCACGAGCGUCUCAACAAACUGAUAAGCUGAUGGUUCAGAUGUGGACAAACCUGCUGCAGCCCACAAGUGGCCAACAUAACACAGAAGACAAUAGAAAGAUCAUCACGUUGCCAUGUCCAACUGAGGAGCGGCCCUUCCUGAGGACGGAGGGAAACUCUCCUUCAUAUCACCACAGUGAUGCCUCUCCUCUGUUUCACCCACUUACAGGCACAAAGAUGCCCUGUGAGGACCUCAGCCCCUCGAACUCCACACCCACCUCAGUUCAUAAACUCCGGCCUGCAGAUAUCAACGUGGUGGCUGCUGUGGGAGACUCUCUGACUGCAGGGAACGGUAUCGCAUCCAGACCGAGCGACGUCCUGGACGUCCUGACUCAGUACAGAGGUUUAUCCUGGAGUGUUGGUGGAGAUGAAAACCUCACAACUGUCACCACGCUGCCCAACAUCUUAAAGAUGUUUAACUCCAACCUGACGGGCUACUCUCUUGGGAAGGGCAAAGAGCAAACUAACCAGGCUUUCCUCAACCAGGCUGUAGCCGGAGCUAAGACCAAGGACAUACCAAAACAGGUGCGCGCCCUGGUGGACAGGAUGAAGAAUGACAGUAGAAUCAAUUUUGAAUCAGACUGGAAGGUGAUCAACCUUUUUAUCGGUGGAAACGACAUCUGUGACCACUGCUACAACUCUCUAUUUUACUCUGAAGAGAAUUAUAUACGUACCAUUCAAGAGAGCCUGGAUUAUCUACACAAAGAGGUGCCUCGGGCUCUGGUGAACUUAGUAGAGCCUCUCCAAAUUGCCCCACUGAGAGAAAUGCACAAAGACACCUCACUUAAAUGCCCAACUUGGCUGGUGAAUAUUCUGUGUCCCUGUGUUAUCUUGCCAGAGCCCGGCUCUAAAGCUCUGCAAAUGAUGGAAGACCUCAAUAGAGGCUAUCAGCAUUUACUACAAGAGCUCGUGGAGUCAGGCCGGUACGACACUCGCUCAGACUUCACUGUGGUCGUCCAGCCUUUCUUCAGAGAAGUCAUCGUCCCCAGACAGCCGGAUGGCCGUGCUGAUCGCUCCUACUUCAGUGCUGACUGCUUCCAUCUCAGCCAGAAAGCCCAGACGCUGAUGGCUCGCUCCCUUUGGAACAACAUGCUGGAACCUCUGGGCAAUAAGACAACCGUGCAGGAUUUUUCUCCAGACACUGACUUGAAAUGUCCAACCAAGACUUCACCAUAUAUCCGGACCUAUAAAAACAGCAAUUACACAUAUAGCGGUCCCCCUAUACCACCUGAACCUAUCACAAACUGGGGAAGUAAUUUCUCCUGUGUGGUCCUUGCUCCAUCUGACACUGUGCCAACUUCAGUUCACAAGCUGAGACCGGCAGACAUCAAGGUGGUGGGUGCACUGGGAGACUCUUCAACGGCAGGCACCGCUGCUAAAGCAGAUAACCUGUUUGAACUGAAAAGAGAGUAUAAAGGAGUAUCAUGGAGCAUUGGAGGGGAUAAAACUCUGGAGACUGUCACAACACUACCAAACAUCUUGAAGAAGUUCAACCCCUCCUUAAAGGGCUUCUCCAAAGGCGUGGGCCCCAGACAGAAGGCCUUCAACAUGGCUGUAGCUGGAGCUAAGUCCUCAGAGAUCCCAGUACAAGCUCAAAAUCUCAUCAAGGCCAUGAGAGAAAAUAAGGAGGUGAAUUUUGAAAAGGAAUGGAAACUUGUGACAAUAUUUGUUGGAGGAAAUGAUCUUUGCCAUUACUGCAUAGACCAAAAUAAUCUGUCACCCAAGAACUACAGCCACAAUCUUAUGCUCAGUUUGGACAAGCUUUACAAAGAGGUACCGAGGCUGUUGGUUAAUGUUGUGGCGAUCGUGCAGAUAGAUCCGCUGAAAUCAGUUAAGAGGAACACACUUGGCUGUACCUUCAUACCGAGGAACAACUGUCCCUGUGUUAUCAACCCUGCUGAAAACUCCCCAGAACUUGAAGAGAUAAAACGAAUCAAUCGCGAGUAUCAGGCUGAGCUCCAGAUUCUUAUUUCUGGAAAUCGCUACGAGGAAAAAGAAGACUUUGCUGUUGUCCUUCAACCCUUUAUCCAGAAUUCGUUCCUCCCUUUGAUUGGAGAGGGCGAGGUUGACACAAGCUUCUUCUCUCCGGACUGUUUCCACAUCAGUGAGCGAACUCAUGCUGAGAUGGCCAUUGCCUUGUGGAACAACAUGUUGGAGCCCGUCGGCAGAAAGCAGACCUAUAACAACUUCACAUAUGAUCGCUCCAAGAUUCACUGUCCCUCUGAGACCAAUCCCUUCAUCUUCACUAAGAUCAACAGCCUACCAAGUCCACCAGUGACCACCACCACCACGACUGGUGCUCCAGACACCACCAUCACGACUGGUGCUCCUGACACCACCAUUACCUCCAUCUCCACUCCUAUACCAACCUUCGCUGAACCCAGGUGUCCCUCCGCUAUGCCCUUGUGGUUGCCAGUGAUUGUGGGAAUUGUCAGUUUACUGGUUGGCGUUGUUACCGCCGGGUUUAUUGUCUCCAGCUGUCUGCGUCGGGAAAAAAAAGUGGAGAAAGCAGUAGAAAUGACAGGAACUGUUUUUUAAUGCAGUUGAAGCUGUAUUUAUUGUAAUCUUAAAGCUGCAUCGAGUACUGUUUGACCACUAGAGGGCAGAGAGUCGCCUCCAGGAGAAACACCCAGCAGAAAUUCAGUCCUCUUUCUUGCCACCUGUUGAAUUCUAGUCCAAUAUUCAGUUAUCAGGGUCUCUUUGUUCACCAGCUGCUGGUUUACUUUAGCUCUCUGCUGUUUCACUCGAGGCAGGUAAUGAACAGUCAGCUUGUCUGAAGUUGUGCGAGCAACUGUUCACCGUUUUAUUCAAGGAGUGUGAGCUAUUGAAAUUCUCAACUAUUAGCAAAAUCAUCUAGAAAGCUGCGUAGAGCUGCAACCUGUCUUGGAUGUAGAUUCUCAGUUGCAGUGGCAGUACUAGCAGCCCGUUCACGUUAUAGAGACUAAUGUGAUUAUAAUAUUAGUAUAAAAAUAUGACUUAAUAUGUCAAAUAUUUGUAAUUUUUAUACUGCACAGAAAUUGUGAAGUAUCCCGGCCAUAUGUAAUUCACCGACCUUGAUGAAUCCAGAAGUUUUGUACAUUUUUCUUCUCAUUUUUUAUUUAUUGAUGGAAUAAAAUUGCUACAAUAUUGGA